GGUAAUUUUUUAAAACAAAACAAGAAUAUUAUUUUGAUGUUUCUAUCGAAGAAAAUAGGUCUCUUAGCUAUAGGUUGUGCUUUUCAAAGUCGGCAUGUUCAUGAUAGUAUACUGACAAAUUAGAUGGCGAAUAGGACAGUAAAAACAUCAGUUCUGACCAGUUUGCAAUUACAUGUGACGCCGACGGUUAGUGAUUUUGAAACGCAUUUCUUGCCACUUCAUAGGAAUUAUUAUCCUUACUUUGCUCGUUCUGCUCUUCGAGCUUCUUUGGAGCGUAAGCCCUCCUUCCUCUCCCCACCCCUACUCCCUCCACAACUCAAAUUUGCUACGUGGGCCCUGCUACUAGCUAAUACAAACAUGUUAAGCUGUCGGAAAUUCCACGGAACAAAAGAGAGUUGUCGGUUUGCCAAAACAAAAAGACUAUCCAACCCAAACAGAUUUAAUCCUUCUUGCCAGUGUGACCUGUAAUCGAUCAAUUUCGCAUAACGCCAUGCUCUAAAAACUCUCACAUUUCCCGACCUUUAAGUUAGAACUGCUGAAAAAAGCACUGGACCAUGACAAUAUCCAUUGUUGAAGAGGUGCAAGUUCUUAUUCGGCAGUGGAAGGUAACAUCAAUAAAUGGUUUGAGCGGUUCUCUUAUUGCGGUAUUUUCUCUCGCUGUCCUUUACGAGUUCAUGUCUUCUUAUCACAGUUACCUCGACCUUCCCGCCGCCAAAAGAUCUGUAACCCAGAAAUCUUCCACAACCAAAAGGUUUGUGCCAGUAUCGCUUCACUGGACCAUGACAAUAUCCAUUGUUGAAGAGGUGCAAGUUCUUAUUCGGCAGUGGAAGGUGACAUCAAUAAAUGGUUUGAGCGGUUCUCUUAUUGCGGUAUUUUCUCUCGCUGUCCUUUACGAGUUCAUGUCUUCUUAUCACAGUUACCUCGACCUUCCCGCCGCCAAAAGAUCUGUAACCCAGAAAUCUUCCACAACCAAAAGAAUACAAGAUCACGUUUUACGGACAGGCUCUUAUCUUCUGAAUGCCAUAGCAGGUUAUCUGUUGAUGUUGGUGGUUGGCACGUGGAACAUUUGGCUCUUUGUGUCAAUUGUCACUGGAUUAGGCUUUGGUUAUUUUUUAUCAAAUCCGCUGUACACAUGGUACCGUUGUAGGGAGUACCAAAACGUAAGAAGAGAGGAUGGGCGGAGAAACAAGAAUUAUUACAGAAGUAACGGGAAACAAACUCCAGGACAACGACAUAGAUAUUCACCGUCUUAAUCAACUAUGCUAUUCUAUUCCGCCUGGGAAGAGAUGGAAAAAACACUGGAAAUGAGCGAAGUAACGACAUGGAAAGAGAUCGCUCUACUUUGAAAACAUUUUUUUUGAUCAGUUCACAUUGCUGACAGGCAGAACGGGCAUAGAGCGAGGCGAUUCAUAUAAUUCUGUGCACGUUUAUCAACCACUUUACGAGUCGCGAUCCGUAGUUAGAAUCAUAUCGGGGAAACUAACUUUGUUCCUUCAGAUUCUUUCAAGCAUGGCAGUGCGAUAGGAAGGAAUCUCAAAUAGGAAGAGGCGAAAAGUUGGCACAUUCCCCGGCACCCUACCCCUGAGGACAUGUGUGAGCUUAACUGACAAGAACAGUUUCAGAG